GCAGACCCGUUUAACUCGGCGUAAAAAAGUAACACAAUAGCGAUGAGCAGCUAUCUCACUUUUCACGAUUUUUCCAUACAUUUAAUGAAUCGUUCCUUAAAUGUCUCUUUCUACACAACGUCCUUUAUUAGUAAAAAAAACCUACUCAUUGGCAACCAAAGGGCAAAGUGGGAGUAUAUUGAGAGACUUUAUAAAGUGGAUGGUUUUGGUGGCAGAGCAAGAAGCACCAAACUUACUGAGAAGCACAUAAAUCCAACUUCAUAUGACAAAAUGAAGGUCAUCAGCAAACAUGAAAGGUGUGGAAUGAUGCAAGCAAUUGAUAAUGUCAUUUAUGAACAUAUUAAAAAUAACAGUCCCAAAUGGGAGCCCUGUGGGCACCCCAGAAGCAAUAUGAUGGAAAUUGGAACUAAAACCAUUAAGAACCACAUGGUCAAAUUUGCAGCCCAAAUCAAGAGAGAAUAA